AUAGAGACUGGGUACAGCGCAUACCGGGCCCGAGGAUUAAGGGACGCCACACGCAAGCUUGUCCACCCAUUUGCCCUCUUGCAUGCUCGCCUGUUCGCCCGCUCGCCCACCUGCCGUCUGUAACGCCGCCGCCUGGUCAGAGUCGCCCCCUCUUGCAUACUUGCUCUCACAUCCGACUCUGUCCGCCCUCCUGUAUGUCUGCCAAAGGGGGCCUGUUCUCUCGCCUGCCUUACCUCGCCCGCAUACUCUCUCGUGUUUUCAGCCUUCUACCCUCUUGCGUGCUCACUCUCUCGGCUUCUUGUUCCCUCACUGUCUCGCUCUCGCGCGUCCUCUCGACCUCACUCUCGAGCAUUGUCUUAAUGGCUUGAUCCUUCAUGCACUUAUCCUCUCGCCCGCCCGUGUGCUCGCCCAUCUAUGGUUUGACAUGCUCAUUCGGUGGCUCGUCGGCUCUCUGGCUCACCCACUGGCUCUCGCCUGGCCGCCUCCUCUCACUGCUCUCACAUGCCUGUAUAUUAUCGCUCUGUCACAUGCUCCUACAUCAUCUCGCCUGCGCACCCUCUCGCCCGCGCACCCUCACCUGCGCAACCUCUCGCCCGCGUCACCUCUCGCUCGCACACCCUCUCGCUCGCACACCCUCUCGCUCGCACACCCUCUUGCCCAGGCCCCUCUUGCUCGUACAUUCGCUCGCUAGUCCAUCAAGCCGUCCACCCACUCUUGUCCGUGCUUCUUCGCUAUGCUUUCUCUUGCUGGCGCUCUCACGCGCCCACUCGCC